AUGGGUAUUUGCUUCAGUUCUGCCUUGGAAACCCAGAGCCCGAUCACAACCGAGCAAUUGAGUUCAGUGGCAACAUCACGGACAGCCAGUAAUACAACGUCUUCAACAGGAAGCAGCAAUGUCUCCGGGAACAGCCAAUUCUCGGCUGCAAGUGGAUGGGACGAGGCUAGUCCAUCGGGGCAAAUACUACCUCUUCCCAAUUUAAGAAUGUUCACUUUUUCCGAGCUGAAGACAGCAACAAGAAAUUUUAGAAGUGAUACGGUGUUGGGAGAAGGUGGCUUUGGUAAGGUCUACAAAGGUUGGCUCGAUGAGAAAGGCACGAUGAAAGGUGGAAGUGCAACCGUAAUUGCAGUUAAGAAAUUGAAUGCCGAAAGCUCUCAAGGAUUUCAAGAGUGGCAGUCGGAGGUAAAUUUCCUUGGAAGGCUUUCUCAUCCUAAUCUGGUUAAGCUGUUGGGAUACUGCUGGGAGGAUAAAGAGCUGUUGCUUAUUUACGAGUUCAUGCAAAAGGGCAGCUUAGAGAACCACCUUUUCGGAAGGGGUUCUGCUGUUCUGCCUCUUCCAUGGGACACAAGGCUUAAGAUUUUAAUUGGAGCAGCUAGGGGACUCGCGUUUUUGCAUGCAGCGGACAGAAAAGUUAUCUAUAGAGACUUCAAGGCGUCGAACAUAUUGCUUGACGGGUCAUACAAUGCCAAGAUAUCAGAUUUUGGCCUUGCGAAAAUGGGUCCAACGCCUAGUAAAUCCCACGUGACUACACGGGUGAUGGGGACGAAUGGUUAUGCUGCUCCUGAGUACAUAGCCACAGGGCAUUUGUACGUGAAGAGCGACGUUUAUGGUUUUGGUGUUGUGUUGGUAGAAAUGCUUACAGGUUUAAGGGAAGUUGAAGAACAUAAUGGAUUCUCGUCUUGA